UUAUCAGAGGCGAAAAACGACUGAAAGAUAUUCCAUUUCCAACAAGACCGAAAAAGUGGCGCGCUUGUCACGAACCAGCGGAACUGAUAGUAGCUACCAGUGGGCCAGAGCCGCGUUUGUGAGUGGGCGAGGUUUAGUCUUGGUUCUCAUUAGCGACGCAACGCUGGCAAUUCAAAGACCGCAGAUAUGUCGACCAACUGGCGUGAAUUGUUUCCGACCAAGCUCACAUUUGUGAUCUUCCUGUUGUAUAUGUCCCUAUUUAUAGGGCAGGGAAUAUUUGUCACAGCAUCCCAGGAAUCGAACAACUCCUAUGGUUAUAACACAGUCACGGUUGUGCUGCUCACCGAAGUAUUUAAGUUGAUAGUUUCCACCUGCUUGUACUGUCGAGACCACAAUCUACGCUCCCUAGUGCGAGAUGUACACAAGGAUCGCAAUGUCCUGGGCUUGUACAUGGUGCCCGCCUUCCUGUACUGCCUGUACAACAACUUGGCCUUUGUCAACUUGGCUACUUUCGAUCCAACCACCUACUAUCUGCUUCUGCAGUUGCGUGUCGUUGUCACGGGCAUACUGUUCCAAAUUAUCUUCAAAAAGUAUUUAUCGCAGAGGCAAUGGAUUUCGCUCAUACUGCUGACGCUGGGUUGUAUGAUGAAACAGAUCGAUUUCGGAAGUUUUUACAGCGAUGCGAACGAUGAUAGCGAGUCGGCUGCUAUCCAGCAACAGCAAUCACCUAAUAGAACAGCAAUUGACGAUACACAGGUUCAUGGCAAGAACAUGUCCGGCUUUGAUUUCAGUCUGAGUGCCGUCUUUAUUCUGGCCCAGACCAUUUGCUCUUGUCUGGCGGGCGUCUACAACGAGUACCUAUUGAAGGAUAAGGGCGCUGAUGUUAAUAUCUUUGUGCAGAAUGUCUUCAUGUACCUAGACUCGAUUGUCUGCAAUGCCGUCAUACUCCUGCUGCGUGGCGAACUGCUAGAUGCCUUUAGUCCGAAUAAUUUGGGCAGCAUCAUGCGUUUCAGUGUCCUGAUUAUUAUUGUGAAUAAUGCGGCCAUUGGAAUUGUAACAAGUUUCUUCCUGAAGUACAUGAACUCUAUCCUAAAGACCUUCGCGAGCGCCUUAGAGCUGCUAUUCACUGCGGUCCUGUGCUACUUCCUCUUCUCCAUACCCAUUUACAUGAACACCGCGCUGGCCAUCGCGGUGGUUUCCUAUGCCAUCUAUCUCUACACCCAAAGUCCGGUCGUAAAUCUAGGUAAGGUGCGUCCGCUGACUAACUUAAGCGAUGCCUCCGCCAAGUCAACAGACAAACGAAAGCUGCUCGAUGAAGAUGCGGCAGAAUCGGACCUCGACAUGGUGUAAUGCUGUAGCUAGUCCUAGACUUAAUCUUAAGCUGUAAAUAGUUGUGGAAAAGUGCCUGCAAAUGUUUUGAACGCCAGACGACUAAUGUAUUUGACACCAGGCUUUGUGCAAUGCGAGAGCAACAGGCUUGUAAAUACCAAAACUUUUGCUUUUCUUGUUUAAGAUUCUCACCGUAAAUAUAUUUUAAUUAUAGCAAGGUUGCAAUGAAAGGAAAAA